AUGACUGGCUCUGUUCUCCAUGAUCCAUCUCUCCAGGCCCGUCAUGGGCAAACAGCCACCCUCUCCGACGGGCGUCAGUUAGGGUUUGCAGAAUUUGGCUCGCAGGCUAGUGACGCGACUCCGGUUCUCGUCUUUCAUGGCCUCCCGGGGUCGCGCCUAGAAGCUGCGUCGCUCCACCAAGCCGGCUGCGAGUUGAACGUGCGUGUCAUCGGGGUGGAUCGACCUGGCAUUGGUCUUUCUUCUCCCCAGCCGAAUCGUAAACUUCUUGACUGGCCCGCAGAUAUGAAAGAGCUUGCCAAACAUCUUAACAUACAACAAUACUAUGUGCUCGGCAUCUCGGCCGGUGGACCCUAUGCCUUAGCCUGUGCAUCCCAGCUACCCGAAACCGAGCUGCUGGGGGUCGGCAUCAUAUCUGGCAUGGGUCCAUGGCACUUGGGUACCCCGGGCGUGACCUUUGAGCUGCGGGUUUUGUUGAACUCAAUGGCCUAUGCUCCCUGGUUAGCUCGUGCCUUGCUAGACUAUUCAUUUGUCGGACCCGCCCAAGACCCCAAUCCCGCGAAGCUGAAGGGGUUUGUCGAGGGGGCUGCCACACGCAUGAAUCCCUCGGAUAGGGAGUUUUGCGAGAGACCCGACGUGGUGGACACCCUAGUAGCCACUCUGAGGGAGAGCUACCGGAACGGCGCCGGCCCCACUGUGGACGAAGGCCAGAUUCUGACAUCCGACUGGGGCCUCGAGCUGGAGAAGAUCACCGCCACACAUGUCCGAAUGUGGUAUGGGACAGAAGACUGCAACACUCCAGUUUCACUGGGGCAAUACAUGGUUGAACGCAUUCCCGGUGCGAUCCUGAAAGAAUAUAAGGGCGACUCGCAUUUUACCAUUCGCAGACGUGCCACAGAGAUGCUUCAAGAGCUGGUGACGGCAGGGUGA